UGGUCGUAUUGAAGUAAAAUGAGCAAUAACCGUCACUAAAUGAAAGAAAGGGCAUUGAAAACUGUUUAAUUGAAAUGUAAUUUUUCUUUGUUCCGCGCAUGAGCGCCGACAUCUUGAAUAUUUUGACGGGAUAAUGAGCAAUACGCCAUAUCCCUCUGAAGAAAAAUUGAUUUUUGGCAUGUUCAUUAUGCUUUUUGUUGAGAAAUUUUCGUCGAUUUUUACUCGCGAACGGUCAAAUAUGUAACUGUAGUGCAGAACUAUCAGAUAUCUGUAUAGGAAAAUUAUUCCUUGUUUUAGCGCGAGGACCUAUAUUGUGUAUUGAUUACUUGUGUUUGGAUUUGUACUCCACCGCUGUGUACUACUCGGCUGUGCGGCAGUCGACUGAGCGAUAGAAUUUUCCUUUCAAGUUAUCGUGGAUUUUCCCUGCGUGACCAACAAGGUGGGAUGUUUUGACUAUCGCGUUUGUUGUCACCGGUUUACGGAUCACCUGAAGCAGCGUCUUCUACUAGAAAACAGCGCAAGGAUCCGUUUUGUGAACAGAAAUGGCUAAAAAUCUGAACAAAGACCUUCGCCGUUACGAACAGGAAAAACGAGAGUUCAUUGAUGGCCUCAGAAAUUUUCAUUACAAUCGAGGGACAAGCUUUCAGUUGCUGCCCAGAUGUGGGAAUAAAGAGGUUGACCUUUAUUUACUGUAUCAAACUGUGACAAGACAGGGAGGCUGGAAAAAGGUUACAGAAAAUGAACAGUGGAAUGAGGUUUUAGAAGAACUUGGACUUCCUAUUGCUUGUUUAAAUGCUGACCAGGCUGUAAAACAUAUUUAUAUCAGAUACCUAAAUAUAUAUGAACAGAUCCAUUUUCUUGGUGAGGAUCCAAAAACAGUGGACACACGACGAGAUGAUGAAGGGCCCAUAAGAAAGAAGCACUGUGGGCCUCAGUAUAAUGUACCUCUAACAUACAACCAUGCGCAGCAUGAUGUGGCUGCUAAUCUUCGUGGUGGAUUUGGAUUAUGUACAAAAUAUGCCAAACACAGUGACUAUGAUAAAUUGGAGAAAGCCCUGCUGUCUGGUCUACCUAAUGAAGUGGAUUUUGUCAUCAAUGUUUGCACAUUAUUGUCAAAUGAGAGUAAACAUACACUACGUCUGGACAAGUGUGCAGUACUCACAGAAUUGUUGCUUGCUCAUAUCGGAAUAUUUGAAGAAGGGGACAUAGCCAUGGAAAAGUUAUACGAAAAUGGUUGGAGAAAAAAUUCAGAUCGUGAAUUUAUUAGGUUUUGGUAUGACACAGUUAAUGAUGAAGAAGCUAGAGAACUGAUCUCAUUUACUCGCAAAGAUUCCAGAAAUUUUGUGGGAAAGGAAAUGUUACAGCUUGGCAGGAAUUUGGGAGUGGAGGAUAAAGAGGGCAUUAGAAUAACACAGAUUGCUAUCAUCAUACGUAAUUUAUCAUUUGAUGUGGAUAAUAUGAAGUUUCUAGCAAGCAACAAUCUUGUCUUCAGAUUCCUGUUACUAUGUUUACAUUGUUCUUAUGGAACAUUACGUCAACUUGCACUGGACACGCUGGGAAACCUUGCAGCACAAUUCAUAUUGGAUCCUACAGAUUCCUUCAAAUCAAAGGCAUUGCUCUCACUUGUUGUGAACUGUAUUACAUCUCCUGAUAAAUUUGCAGUGGUUACAGGUUUAGAGAUGGUGAGCAAAUUGAGCAAACGAGAAGAGAACGAGUAUGUGAUCUCGGAAAAACUGGACACGAGUAUAUACGAGGAGAUUGCCAAGUAUCUUACCAUAUCAGAUAUACAGUUGAUAGUGUACAGUCUCGAAGCUCUCUAUCAACUGUCAGAGAUAGGUGAAGAAACCAACAGUAAAAUUGCAGAGGUCUCAAACACUGUUGAUACAUUGGUGUCACUGAUCACAGUGGAGGCUCAGUCUUACGGUCCUAAUUCACUGAUUGGUAUCAAAGUGGUAGAGUACUGCCCUCCACCCCACCUGACAGGCGGGGUCACAGAGGGGGUACCAGCAGCUGUAGGGCCGCCCCCGGGAUCUGGCACGCCUCAACCGUCACAGAGUCAGCCUCCAGGGCAGCAAGGGUCUAUGAUCCAUGCAAGUUCACUAAAGAAAAGUUCUGAGCAGUCUAAUGACAAAGGAGAGAAGGUUGUUCCAGAAACUCCUGCACAGCCGUCGCCCAUGGAAACAACUGCUUGUAACUGGAUGAAGGCUAACUAUGAGGUGUACGAGUCAUCGGUAACCACACACAUAUCUAUGUACAAAGAAUAUCUCAGUUUCUGUAAGAGAUUCCAGCUCAACCAACCACUGGUAUCUCAAGAUUUUCUUAAGUGUCUCAAAACUGUAUUCCCAAAGACAAGCAGUGCUAUGGCAGUAAAGGAAGGUGGGAGCAGGGAGAUGUGUGUACUGGGUAUCAGAAAACGAGCUCAGCAACUCCCUUUCUCUAUCUCUUGUCCAGUUACAAAACCUGCCUGUAGUGUGAGUAUACCUCCCAGUGUCCCUUCAGUUACACCUCUCAGCAGUGCUGUACGUUCACCUAACUUGGCUCAACGGCUGGCUUCGCCUUUACCAAAGCCAGUCAUGUCAAUGCCAGUAAGACCCCCUGUUAUGCCACGUCCUCCACUCUUUAACCCAGGUGUUCCAGGCCAGCAGGUGGUGCAGAGACAAGUGAACCCGAUACCAACCCCCGUACAGAACCUCUCGGGCAAUACAGUCACUUUGCCUACAUAUGCCAACACAGGUGGAAUCCUAGCUUCAGGGUUAGUCUCGAACCAAGACAAUGCGCAAACCAACACUGUUGUCAAUACACCAACAUCCUCCAAGUCAAAGCAAAUUGUUAAGCGCAAGGGAAGCAGCAAGAAAAAUGCUCCAAUACUUCCGCGUCCUGAGCAAAACACACCAGGCAGUCUGCCAAAUAUUGUGCCGAGGAUGACACAGGGUAAUAUCAGUCAGCAAACUUUGGUGCAACAACCAGUCCUGCAAAAUGUUCAGUUUACUACACAAGAUGUUGUCUAUCAGACUGUAGAUUCACAAAAUCCAGAGGCGAAAGUUAUGGUGAAAACAUUGUUAGCUCAGAAAAUACGUCAGGGUAAUGUAAUAAUACAGCAACCAGUUCAAGGAAUGGUUAAUGUGGAUUUGGGGGCUGGAGGUGAUGGGCAGACAAUACAGUACCAAACUGGUUUCCCUCAAACCCAAACAACAUACAUUCAAUAUGCUGCACCUAGCAGUACAGUACAGACUAGUGGUCAAACAUACAUUCAGUCUCAACCAACAUCACAAGUACAAACAUUUGUGGUUCAACCAGGUGAUGUUUAUGUUCAAGGUCAAAUCCCUGCUUCUAGUCUCAACACGCAGAUUGUUGCUCAGCCGCAGCCAGUGAUGGUUGCACCACAACAACAAAUUCUUACCCAGCCACAGGUCAUGGUAUCUCAGCAACCGAUGGUAGUCUCGCAGCAACCCAUGGUGGUAUCACAGCAUCAGUUUAUGACACAACAACCAGUAAUCCAGUCUCAAUCAAUGCCUAAUUCUCAGUUCGUCACCCAGCAAGUCAUGGUUCAACCAAAUUUGACAGCUGAUCAGCAGACAUCUCAAAUUCCAUUACAAAUGUCAUCAUCAUUGUCAUCAGCAUCAUCAACCGUCAUCACAACAUCAUCGUCACCAGUAUCAGUGAAUUCAUCAAUAGGAGCCAUGUAUUCUGUAAGUGCUAGUCAGUCAUCAGUAACUUUCACACUUUCAAAUGGUCAGCAAUCUCAAAAUCCUGCAGACAUUGGUGUUUUUGGAGAAGUGGUCAGUGAUGCCCAAAAAGUUAAAAACAAUCCUAGUGAAAUUGAUUCUAAGAAACCGUCCAGUGUUGAAAAUUCAAACAAUUCUGCAAGUAAUUUGGAAUCUGAAUCAAAGUUAGAUCUCUCCUCAAGUGAUGCUGUGGCAGAAAUAGAAUCUGCAGUGGGUUCAAUAAUGGAAGAAUCAGUUGAUAGUGCAGAGUCUCAAGAAGAGCCCGUCAUGAUAGAAAAUGAUGGAAAUGAAUUAAUGUUUGAACAGAAAUACCAAGUGAAUAGUGAACAGGUUCAGUAUGAAAAUGUGAAUAGCACAACUGAGGUUUAUGAGUCUGAUGAAGCAGCCAUGGCUGUUGAACAGCUGGAACAAAUGGAACAUUCAGGAGAAGUGGAUGAAAAUGACAUUGUUGAAAAUGUAUCAACUGAAUGUACUGAAGAAUCAUUGGAUAUUAAUGAGAGUAGUGAAGUGAUUGUUGGGAAUGAUGAAAUGUUGACUGAUCAGAUUUCAGAUAAUGGAGAAAGUGUUCUAAAUGGUGAUUAUAAAGAAAGUAGUGUAGAGAAAGAGGCAUUAGUUUCUGAUGCAGAAUUGAUUGCGAAGUUCCGAUCAGAAACCCCAAUAAAUGUUCCUAUUGUGUCUGAAAAUGGCUUGCUUGAACAGGAUUUUGAAGCAAGAAUGGCAGUUGAGAAUCUCUUAAAAGAUGUGGAAUUCAAAGUGAGUUCUACAGAUGAGGAUAGUUUAGAAGGAAAUGUGAAUGUUAUGUUGUGCCAGACAGAAAAUCCAAGCUCAGUGAAAACUGCUAGUUCAGGUGAGGAUAAUGAUCUUCCACCUGGUGAAGACAGUCAGGAUAGUGUUACAUCUGAAUCUCAAACCAUCUCAAAAACUUCUGUAGUUAGUCAUAAUGGUUCAUCCAUCACAGAUAAAUCGUCUGAAAAUGAUUCUAGUGUUUUACAAAAUGGCAUAGAAAAUGGUGUUAGUAAGCCAUUACUGAAUGGUGACUUAAGCUCUCCUGAGUGCCCAUCAGUGCCUUCCCCUGGUUUAGUAAAUGGGGGAGAAACCACAAAACUAGUCAAUGGAAUUAAUGAGGAAGAUAUAGAUAACAAAACUGUAGAUAAAAUUCUCAGAAUGAAUGGAGUUGUGAAUCAUAAAAUUACUCCUAAACAAGAUGAAUCCAAAACUGAAACUGAAAAUAGUACAGAGAAAGCUGAUGAUACUUGUGAACAGUCAGUUGUGGAUAAAGGUGAAGAUAUUCUAGCACAAAGUAUGAUUGAUAGUAAAAUUGAUAAGAGCAGUGAAGACAGUAAUGAUCAGAGUGUAAAAAGUGACAGUGUUGAGAAUAAAGAAGAUAAAACUGUGACUGAUGGAGAUAUACUAGCGCGCAGUAUUCUAGAAAAUGAUAUUCAGCCAAGUGACUGUGAAAUGCCAGACCCUGAACCGACCAGUGUAACAGCUGUUGUGAAACAAAUCAUACCAAAUACCAUGUAUGGCAAUAUAAUGACUGUUCAAAUCAAUAAUAAUACCAUACCCAUCACAUUUACGAACAAUGCUAUCAUUUCAUCCAAAAGCUCAUUAGGAAAUCAAAUUAAUGUGUGCAGUUCUCGGCACAUCCCGACUCCGGAAUCGGCUCGGGACGGAGAGUUGAGUUGUGAUAGUACCACUUCAUCAACAGCUAAUUCAGAUUCCAUUGUUAGUGAUAAACAUUCCAUUGCUAUCUCACAGUCAAAAACUAGCCAUAAAGAUUCUAAAAAACCACUCUCCAGUCCUAAAUGUAGUGAUAGUAAAAAGACGAAAUCAAAGAAGCGAAGUCGGAGUAAGUCUGGAGGUAGUGGUUCAACGGACUCUCGGCCAUCGUCAGCAACAUCACCUGCAGCUUCAGCAUCUUCACUGCCAGAAUACAUGUGUGAAUGGACUCAGUGCAAACAGUGUUUCGACAAUGCUCGAAGCGUGUUUCAUCAUGUGUGUAGUGCCCAUUUGAAGACGGAAUAUGACGGGUUGUGCAAAUGGGAAGGUUGUGAAACGUUGGUCAGGAAACGAUGGUCACUCUUCACUCAUGUACAGGACCAUCAUUGUUCUGAAAGUUCUCUCCGUGUGGCAGCACAGCGCAGACUACAGUCGUUCCAGACAGGUCAAAAGAUUGCAGCCCCUACCAUUCCUGCUAUGGUUUAUCCUAACGAUGCAGCUAAUCAGGCCAUUAAGAGAUUCCUACCUAAACCGCCAUAUCCAGAAUUCAUGGAAGGACGAGAAGGGCCAGUCACCAAGCAUAUACGUCUCACCUCAGCUCUUAUCUUGCGAAACCUGGCUAAAUACUCAGCUGCUGGCAGAAGUUUACUGAGAAAACAUGAGCGUGUGAUCAGCUAUACAUGUAUGAGUGCCGUAGAGUCUUCAACAGCUCUUGCCAAAUGUCUUCAUGAGAUCCUUCAAGACCAGUGACCCAUCAUAACCUAAUAUUAGACUGUGACCAAUGCCAGGUUAUGAACCUGUACCAGCUUGUGAUCCAGUCUGAGUUUUGCUAGACUGUGACCAUUACCAGUUUGAAAACCCAAAUGAAAACAGUGGCAGACUGUGUAACCAGUCUAAAUACCAGACUGUGACUGGUGUCUCCUACACAAAUAGGAAAGGCUUGUAUUUCUCCAAGCUUUAAUGUUACAUCUCAGUGGACAUGGUUGUGAGAUUGCCACAGCACAUAUAUAAAAGGACACAUUCAGAAAACGCAUGGAUAAACUGCAUUGAAUUAACUUCCAAAAAUAAUGUUUAGACCAAAAAUAAAGUUUGUAAGAUUUCAGUUCAGGUAAAAUGUGCAAUCUAUUUUGAAUUAGUUUAUAUACCAUUGAUAACUCUUGCAUUUAUUAAGAAAGGAUAGCAGUGAAAUGCAUUAGUUUGUGGAUUAAACUUGGGCAAGACUAUACAACAGUAGUACUUGCAGUCAGUGCUGGGCUGUUUCUAUGUGUCUCAUUUGAAUAUACAGAGCUUAAGAAAUUGUAUUCAGAAGUGCUUUAACUUUGUUGCAGGAAAUCCAUUUGUUUCUCAUAUGAAAUUUACACAUAUUUUGAUAGGGGAAAAAUUACGAUAUUUGGAAUUAAGACCUUCGCAAUUCAGGACUCUGCAUUGCAGUUUUUGGCAGUUUGAGACUGAAAUAAAAUAAACCAUUUUACUUGGUGUUAUAUAUAACCAUACAUGUACCUGUCACAGAGCCCUACUUUAUUUGGAGUAGAGAUUCAAUUGUCAUUUUUGCAGUAGCUGUGGGGUAGAACUUCAAAGGUUUGAAGUAACUCUCUCCCACCCAGAAGAAAAAACUUAGCAAAUGAAUAAAACAUGUGCUUGAUUUAUGGUGCUUUCUUUAUUUCACUUACAAAAUUACAUAAUAGAGGGUUGUUGUUUGGAUUAUAAAUAUGGGACUUUUUUCUCAAAUUUUCUGGGUAGUUUUUCUUUUCCAAAUGGCUACUUACACAUAUACAAAACCAUGGCUAGCAGUCUAUUUAUGUUUGUCAAUUGUAUCCUUGUUGUUGAUAUUCGCCCCCCCCCCCAUUCUUGUUACUGUCGUGAAAAAGUGUUGAUAAAACUACAAGUUGAAUAUAAAAGAAACAGUGUGGUAUAAGUAUUGAAGGCAAUUUAGAUAAAACUUGCUUUGUUUCUACGAUCUCAAGGAGCAUACUACAAUAUUUACUACAUCAAAUUUAGCUACACUUGUAAUUAGUCUUGUCAAGCAAUAAUGAAUUACUUUGUAGGAAAAUUUUCAUUUGCCGAAUCACCAUAAAAUGUUUUAUCUCUUGGGAGAAAUAGUUAUUACUUUAUCUCGAAAAAUGGGAUUAGAAGUUUAGAAUUAAAAUGAAAUUACUUUUAUUUUUAACUACACUCGAAGCUUCCUCCUUUUGCAGUGCCCGAUAUAAGGACUUUUGGACAGUGCAUCUAACUUCUGAGUGAAUUCUUGUUAACGAGUGCAAUUCUGUAUCCCUUCACUAUUUCACCUCUUUCUUGAUUUUAUUAUUGCAUAAAUUCUGUGUAUCUAAUCAGAGUACGAAACAAUGCUUUAUUCUGUUAUGCCCAAAGUGUUCAAAUUUUGUCUUGAUGUAAAUUGUGUACAUUUUAUACAUACAGAAUGUUGUAGAGUUGUCAAAUAUGUAUAUUUUGUCUUAUUUAUUAUUACAUUUGCGUGGAGAAAACAAAUGGUUUUAUAUUGAAGGUGAAUCUAUUGUGAGGAGUAAAAUGUGAAUGUGACAAAAUGGCAAUUUGUUUUAAAAAAUAACGACAUUAUUGAAUGAAAUAUUAAAAAGGUAAUUUUCUAAACUGAUCUGUCUUUAUUACGCAUAUCAAUGGUUGGUAUUCAGCAUUGAUGGGGUGUGGGGCAUACAGUUAAUCCUUAUACAUAACUAUAAAUGUCUGUAACAUCAUACUAUUGAAUACUAUUUAUCUGGCAAUGGUUGCAAUUUGACCCCGCAGGAACUGACUGAAAUAUAAAAAUCUUACGUGUAUCUUUACCUGUAAUAUUCUCAACAGUUCUUUUAGAAUAAAAUUUAAAGUUUUUUUAUUAUUAAGUUAUUAGUUUAUAUUUAUGUUGUAAUUAAGUUAUGUAUAUUAUUAGAUUAUUCAACAUUGUUCUGUACAUUACGCCAGUAUAUCUAGACGAGUACUCAUUCCAAAAAACAUACUGGACAAUCCAGUAGGCGAGUCUUAAUGUUUUCAGAUGGGUACAAGUCCAAAUAUACACUGUAUUGACAGGACAAUGUUAAAUAAUCUUUAUUCUAUGCUUUUUUUUCACAGUAAAAGGAGAACAAAUUAACACAAUUUACAUGGAGAUUAGAAUCAGCAUUGUUGAAUUGUCCAAUACAGAAUAUGAGCCGUGCCAUGGGAAAACCAACAUAGUGGCUUUGCGACCAGCAUGGAUCCAGACCAGCCUGCGCAUCCGCAAAGUCUGGUCAGGAUCCAUGCUCUUCGCUUUCAAAGCCUAUUGCUAUUAGAGAAACUGUUAGCGAACAGCAUGGAUCCUGACCAGACUGCGCGGAUGCGCAGGCUGGUCUGGAUCCAUGCUGGUCGCAGAGCCACUAUGUUGGUUUUUCCAUGGCACGGCUCAUAUAUACAGUAGGAAAUAUAUUGGAACGUCACAAAUGCAGAUUGCUGAUUGAACGAGAAAUAGUUAUAGAACCAGAUGCUAUAUUUUAAGCUGUAUGUAACCACUAUACACAAGUUCACCUGACCUACCUAAUAAAAGGCAGGUUAAGAUUUUGAAAUAUGUUCACUGUGUAGAAAUUUAGCUUAAACAAAUGGUUAAAAUUUUAUAAUGUUCUUAAUUUUGACACACGAGGAAUUUUUAAAGACAUUUGGGAAAAAUUCUACUAUCUUUUCUCCAGGUAUGAAAUCUCUACCUCUGUAUUUAUUUCGAUUUUUGACCUGGAUAAUUCAAUUAGAAAUCGAACAGUAUAAUUUUAAUACCAGUUUCCUUCUAAAUUCUCUUGAAAUAUUUAGAUUUACCCCAGUAUAUUUUUAUAUAUGAUUAUGAAAAAAGUGUAAGUAUUGAAGAAGGUGCAAUACAGAAAAUAAAAAAAAUAUAUAUGUCUUUAAAUUUGGUGUGCAUGAUGGGAUAUUGUUUAUAGUGCUGAUUAAAUGUAGAAAUGAAAUUUUCCCUGGGAGAAGCUUACCAUGUUUGUCAUAAAACCACAUUGAGAAAAGCUCUGUAGAUUGCUUCGGAUGAUUGUGCAAUUUUUUAUUCUUAAAUAUAGAUUUAUGAAGAUGGGGCCUUUGUACAUUUUGUAAAUUUUUUUUUUUUUUUUUUAAAGUUGGCUACUGUUGACCUGGGGUAACUGAGCAGUGAGGAUCAGAGUGCUUGUUAUAUGAAUAUUGGGUGUUAUGUGUAACUGAAAUAUGUCAUAUUCUCUCAGAUAUUGUCUGUGUCUACUAUAUGAUAUGAUUUAUCAAGAUGUCAUAAAUUUCAUUGUUUUAUUUCUUGUAGAAUAGAUGUUAUGAUGAAAAAUGUUUCUAAAUUUAGAAAAAUAAACCAAUCAUUGCAUAUACAUGAAAAAAA